UUAAGGGAGGGAUGACAUUUUGACGUGGAUGAAACCACGGGAAAGAUAAGAAUAUUCCAGGCAGGGAUCAAGAACGGCGACAACGGAUAAUGACUGGCUUUGUUUUAGAUUUAAGAAAAACACCAGAGCAACGUUCUUAAGUUGACGUGGCUUUGAGGUCUUUUAUUUUCAAUCUGUGGGUCAAUCAACCAUAUUUGCGAGCGAUUCAAACGGUUGAUUUAAUCCUGAUGAAAUGUUAUCAUUUCAUUCAUGGGGAAACUGGGAAAACAGAAGGGACGGCUCAGCCUGCCCCUUCUUCUAAGUCCAAGAGAAACAACAGAGAGGUUGUCGUUCAUUUGAGAAGCUGAUUUGGUCCUGCGGGGAGGACACAGCUCGGUGCCCAAGGACAUCAGAAUAAGGAUUCCUGCGACCAACUGACUCCUCCAUCGUCCACCAUGAUGGUCCUCCUUCCUUCCCUCCUUCUUAUCCUUGCCUGCCUGUCAGGAUCCAUCGGCGAUGAAGAUCUCCAGAAGAAGGUCUUUGUUUUCCCGUCCGCUAACAAGAAGGCCGCCGUGCAGGUGAACGUCUCCCUCCCACAGCGCCCCUUGACCAACUUCACCGUGUGCCUGAGGUUUAACCCCCUCCAAAUCCGUCCCUAUGCCCUCUUCACUUACUCCACCAAGACCAAAGCCAAGGAUUUCCAGAUCAUAAAGUACAGCCCCAGCCAGUUCAACCUUGUAAUAGGUGGGAUGACUCAAAUUAUUACUCCCCCGAAGGCGUCACAUUCGGUGUGGGAGCACAUCUGCGUGGCCUGGAACUCCACCACUGGAGUGGUCCACUGUUGGCACAACGGCGAGCUUCUCCCGCGCUUCGUGAUGAGAAAGGGUUACAAGAUGAGUUCAAAUGGGACCGUCUUUUUGGGGCACGACCGCGAUUCCUGGGGGAAGAAAGAUUGCUUUGUGGGCGAAAUGGCGGAUGUCAACAUGUGGCUACACGUCUUGAAACCCGAUGAAAUUCAUUCGGUUAGGAAAAACGAGGAGGUCCCCAAUCCCGUGGUCAGCUGGAAGGCCCUGAAUUAUACCACUCAGGGUGUCCGUGUGGAAGAGGCUUUGCACGAGGUUGUCUGAGUUUCCGAAGUGUAAGCCCUGCGUUUGACAAAGGAGAAACACAAGGGAAACGAAAGCCGUUUUCUUUGGGUGGGUAGAAAUAUCUGUAGUUGCAAAUAGCUGAAGUAGAUCGUGAUUGAGUUUGUAGAAGCAAUAAAAUUAGCCGCUUAUUCAUGCUACAGUCGAACGUUUCUUUUAUUCUUUUUUUUCCCCAACUGGAAAAGGAAUCCCAAGAAUGCAGGUGGUCCUCAACUUACGACAGUUCAUGGAGUGGGCGUUCGAAAUUACAACGGCACUGAAAAAAGGGACGAAUGUGGCAAACGAAGUCGUAAGACGGG